AUGGAGGCCCAAAACAAGGAGGUUGCUGCUCUGGUAGAGAAGAUCACCGGGCUCCAGGCCGCCAUCGCCAAGCUACCGUCGCUGAGCCCGUGCCCCGAGGUCGACGCCCUGUUCACCGACCUUGUCACCGCCUGUGUCCCGCCGAGCCCCGUGGACGUGACCAAGCUCGGGCCGGAGGCGCAGGCGAUGCGCGAGGCGCUCAUACGCCUCUGCUCCAGCGCCGAGGGGAAGCUCGAGGCGCACUACGCCGACAUGCUCGCCGCCUUCGACAACCCGCUCGACCACCUCCACCGCUUCCCCUACUACAGCAACUACAUCAACCUGAGCAAGCUGGAGUACGAGCUCCUGGCGCGUUACGUGCCCGGCUGCAUCGCGCCCGCCCGCGUCGCCUUCGUCGGGUCGGGCCCUCUGCCCUUCACCUCGCUCGUCCUCGCUGCGCACCACCUGCCCCGCACGCUCUUCGACAACUACGACCUCUGCGAUGCGGCCAACCAGCGGGCCAAGAAGCUGGUCCGCGCCGACAAGGACGUGGGCUCCCGCAUGUCGUUCCACACGGCGGACGUCGCCGACCUCACGCAGGAGCUCCGCGCGUACGACGUCGUCUUCCUGGCGGCGCUCGUCGGCAUGGCCGCCGAGGAGAAAGCCGACGUGAUAGCGCACCUGGGAAGGCACAUGACGGACGGAGCUGCCCUCGUCGUGCGGAGCGCCCAUGGCGCGCGUGGCUUCCUGUACCCUAUCGUCGACCCCGAGGACGUCGCCCGGGGCGGGUUCGAAGUGCUGGCCGUGUACCACCCCGACGACGAGGUGGUCAACUCCGUCAUCGUUGCCCGCAAGGUGGACGCGCAGGCGACUGGACUACAGAAUGGACGUGCGCGCGCGCCAGGCGCAGCACCGGUGGUGAGCCCGCCGUGCAAGUGCUGCAAGAUGGAGGCCAACGCGCUUGAGAAGAGGGAGGUGUUUGCCACCACCGCGACUGAAUUAUCCGUUUGA